AUGGCUGACGCUAUGCGGCGUUGUGAUGUUCUAUCACAGCAAUUACCCAAGUUAUCCCACCUAAGGCACCAGAAUGACAUUCACGGAAUGCGGCUCACAGUUGCUCUACGCUUGUUCGCUUUAUUGGUGGUGAUGGUGACGGCAUCAGCGCAACAGAGUCCGCCUACUAAUUCAUCUACUGAUGCAAAUACGACGGAGACCACUACUACUACUGCGAGCACAACGACUACUACUGCAGCGACUACAACAGCCAAUGUACACCCAAAUCCUUCAGUCAACCAAAUUUGCCCCCAGGGACCCGAUUCAACAGACAGAGUUAGGGUGAAUGCACUUCAGGGACAUAAUUUCCGCAGAUCUCAACUUGCUCGAGGAAGGGUGAAGAAAAACAACGGAAAUACUCUGCCCAAAGCUGCUAACAUGAGGAGGCUGUUGCGACCUGGAAUCUUCUGCCAGGCAGUCUGCUCACAAGUGGUCCUAAUCUUCCAUCUGGCGUACAGGAGAACACUAUGGUAUUCUCAAAAAGCCGAGCUCAAUACCGCAAGGAUGCAAUUUUAG